AUGUCGUCGUUUGAGGGAGGCGGAGGCGGGGAGAAGAAGUACGUGGAGUUCUGUACGGGCGUUAAUGGCCUCGAUAAGGUCAUCCUGCGCGAGGUCCGUGGCCAAUCUGCUGAGGUUUACUUGAAUGGAGGUCAAGUUACAUCUUGGAAGAAUGAAUAUGGAGAAGAAUUGCUUUUCCUUAGUAGCAAGGCUGUUUUCAAACCUCCAACGGCAAUAAGAGGAGGUAUCCCCAUUAGCUUUCCUCAAUUUGGAAUGCAUGGUUCCCUUGAACAACAUGGAUUUGCAAGAAACACAGUUUGGACCAUCGAUAAAGACCCCCCUCCAUUUCCCACAGUUAGUUCCAAUAAGGCCUUCAUUGAUUUAAUACUUAAACCAUCUGAAGACGAUCCAAAGAGCUGGCCUCACAGAUUUGAAUUUCGGAUAAGGAUAACUCUGGGACCUGGAGGAGAUCUGAUGUUGACAUCCCGCAUCCGGAAUACAAAUACUGAUGGGAAACCUUUUACAUUUACCUUCGCCUAUAACAACUAUUUCUACCUCACCGAUAUCAGUGAAGUGCGGAUAGAAGGAUUAGAGACAUUGGAUUAUCUGGAUAACCUUAACAGCAGGGAUCGAGUUACUGAACAAGGCGAUGCCAUAACAUUUGAAUCAGAAGUUGACAAAGUAUACUUGAAGACUCCUACUAAGAUAGCUAUUUUGGACCAUGAGAGGAAGAGAACGUAUGUAUUGCGGAAAGAUGGACUUCCGGAUGCCGUUGUUUGGAAUCCAUGGGACAAGAGAGCGAAGGCAAUCGUGGAUUUAGGUGAUGAGGAGUACAAGCAUAUGCUGAUGGUAGGCGCUGCUUGUGUGGAGAAGCCGAUAACAUUGAAACCUGGGGAAGAAUGGAAAGGCAGGCAGGAGCUUUCAGCUGUUCCCUCUAGUUACUGUAGCGGACAACUUGAUCCACAGAAGGUGCUCCGUUUAGGCUAG